CGAUUUAAAAGAUAACCUGUGAAGAUAACCUAUCAAUUUUGAGUUGAAAUGUCAAGUGGAAUUUAGAAUUAUAAAUACAUUUUCGAAAAGGAUUUUCAACAACAAAAUACGUAUUUUUCUUUAUAUUAAAUGUGUCAAGACCUCAUAUUCCACGAAUAGUUAAUAGCUAUAUCUACAAAAUGUCGUCAUAUCAGGAUGAUGAAGAGGGUGUACCGUUUGAUGGUCAGGCUAGUUCAUUUCCCAAGGAAUUUGGUUAUGGGGCCUUUGAUGGAGAUCAAGAUAAUAAUUCUGCCGACCACAAACCUCGUAUCUUACUUAUGGGCCUACGGAGGUCAGGAAAAUCAUCGAUACAAAAGGUUGUUUUCCACAAAAUGUCACCAAAUGAAACCCUGUUUUUAGAGAGCACAAACAAGAUCGUCAAAGAUGAUAUAAAUAACUCUAGUUUUGUUCAAUUUCAAAUCUGGGAUUUUCCUGGUCAAAUAGAUUUUUUUGAUAAUUGUUUUGAUUUUGAUAAUAUAUUUGGAGGAUGUGGAGCAUUAGUGUUUGUAAUAGAUGCACAGGAUGAUUAUUUGGAUGCACUAAAUAAGCUAAAUUUAAUUGUAACAAAAGCAUACAAAGUAAAUCAGAAUAUAAAAUUUGAGGUAUUUAUUCAUAAAGUUGAUGGAUUAGGGGAUGAUUCAAAGAUGGAAUGCCAAAGAGAUAUCCACCAAAGGGCUAUAGAUGAUUUGAGUGAUUCUGGGUUUGAUCAAAUUCAUCUUAGUUUUCAUUUAACAUCCAUUUAUGAUCAUUCUAUAUUUGAGGCAUUCUCUAAAGUUGUACAAAAGUUAAUAACACAACUACCAGCACUUGAAAAUUUAUUGAAUAUCUUAAAUACGAACUCAGCUAUAGAAAAAUCAUUCCUUUUUGAUGUUGUGUCAAAAAUAUAUAUUGCAACUGAUUCAACUCCUGUUGAUAUGCAAAGUUAUGAAUUGUGUUGUGAUAUGAUUGAUGUUGCUAUUGAUCUGUCAUCUAUUUAUGGAGUAAAAGAAGAACAAGAGCCAGCUGCUUUUGAUGAGCAAAGUUCCAGUUUAAUAAAGUUAAACAAUGGAACAGUGUUAUAUCUAAGGGAAGUUAAUAAAUUUUUAGCAUUAGUAUGUAUUUUAAGGGAAGAUAAUUUUGAUCAUAAAGGUAUCAUUGAUUAUAACUUUUUGUGUUUUCGUAAUGCCAUUCAACAAGUAUUUGAACUGAGAAAUAAAAGCCAAUCUCCAAUGACUAAUUCAAUUGGGAGUCCUGUUGUUAAUGGAGGUCACUUGAUGGGUGAUGGCCAUCUUAGUCCAACGUUAAUUGAUGAACAGCCUUUAAGUUAAAACUGAAAUAUUAAUUGAUGCAAGUUGUAUAUUGUGCCUUUUUAAGCAAUCCUUUAUUUGUAUUUAUUUAAUUUUUUUAUUGUAACAUAAGAAUUUUUCAAACUAGAGAAAACAAUUUUAAAUCACUUAUAGUUUCCAUUGAGCAAACAAAUAACUAUAAUAAUGUAUAUUUGGUUUAUAUUGAUUUUUAUAUUUAUUUUUUUUUACGCCACUGAUUUUAUUAUUUGCGUAUUUUUGCAAAAUAAUACCAAUACAAUUUUUUAGUGCCAUAUAUAGGAGCCCAUAAAUAUAUUGUGAGAUAUCGGUGACUACAAUGUAUAUCAAUAAGAAUUAUAUGUAACAAAGUAGAGAAAUGUUGAAAUCACACUAUAUUUUUUGGCCAGCUUUAUUUAUAUUAAUUAUUGUAUGACUUACUUACUUUAAAAGUAAGUGUAUCAUAUCUAAAAGUUGGCAAUAACAAGAUGAAUAAAUAAUAGGGCGCAAUUUUCUUUAGUUUUAAACUAAUUUGCACUCAAAAUAAAUUUCUCUAUUUGUCAAACAAACGUUCACUGACCCAGUGUGAGUUCAUAUUAAUGAAUAUCCUUUAAUGAGGGAAUAAAUACACAUUAUCUUCACAAUGGUUUCAAAAACAUGGUUUUAUUUAAAAAAGAACUACAAAUAAGGUGGCGAUUUGUUUCGAGACGGUGAGGUCUCAUUUUCAGACCCAAGCUAAAAUAUAAAACAAAGUCAAAGAAGUAAAAAACUUCAUAAAAACAGUCAAAUACAUAAACAAAAGUGAGGUAAUCAAAAGACAAAUACAAAUUAUAUAUAGGUAAAAGUAUUGCAAUUAUUUAAUUAUAAAAUUGUUAGAGAAAUUAAAAUGGCUUAAGAAUAGAUAACUUAUAAUUUAUAAAUGAUAAAAACAGGGAGAUGGUGAGAAAUUACUUUUAUCUUAUACAUUAGAUAUUAAAGGUAAUUUAGAAACAAUUAUUAAAUUACAACAUUCUUUUUACUAUUGAAAGGAAUAACUAAAUGUAUAUUAUGCAAGAAAAUUAAAAAAUAUUCAAUUUGAAUAUUUUUUUUAUAAUUUGUUAGUACAUGUGUAUAUUUUGAGAGGAGCCAAGAGUUUUUUGUAGUUAUAUCCCCUGGUAGGAAAGAGAAGGGAACAAUAUAAUCUUAAAUUAUUUAUGUAUAAUUUAAUAUAUUUUGUUGUGUUAAUCAAAUUUAAUUUAUAUGAUAUUUUCGAGGCCCUACCGCCUCGAAACUUGUCGCCUUCAUAUUUGUAAAAAAUUUUAAAUGAAAAAAAAUAAUACAAGAUUGACUGUUUGAGGACACUAUGUCUUUAUUCUCUCAUUAGAUCAUUCUCUCUGCCUUUUUUGUAUACACCUGGUUUUUAUGUGGUAAUUUUCUUAGAUAUUUAGAAACUAAGUAGCUUUAUUAUAUAUUUUAUUUACUUUUAAAUAGUUGUUUAGUCCUUAUUUUAGUACAAAAUUUAAUAAAGAUAACAUAUUA